AUGGUAUCUCGCGUCAACGUACCCAAAGGUGGAUUUAACUUUGACAACUAUCAAAGAAAUUUAAUCCUUCAGCAGAAUGGAUAUUCUAUGCCAAAGGCCACCAAGACAGGGACGACUAUCACUGGAAUGAAGUUCAAGAACGGUGUAAUACUUGGAGCAGACACGCGGGCAACUGGGGAGGCGUUAGUACAGGAUAAGAAUUGUCCCAAGAUUCACCGUAUGGCACCCAACAUUUUCUGUUGUGGGGCUGGUACCGCAGCUGAUGCCGAUAAAGUUACGGACAUGGUUGCUUCUCAAUUAGAAUUGCAUCGUUUGGCCACGGGAAGAGAAUCAAGAGUAACGACUGUCUUGGCUACGCUUUCGCAGUAUUUAUUCAGAUAUCAAGGUCACGUUGCGGCAGCUCUAGUGUUAGGUGGUGUGGAUGUUGAUGGACCGCAGCUGUUUAGUGUCGCUCCACAUGGCAGUACCGAUAAACUGCCUUAUCUCAGUCAAGGCAGUGGAUCCCUAUCUGCCAUAGCUGUUUUUGAAGAAAGAUGGCGAGAAAAUAUGGAGCGUGAUGAAGCCAUAGAAUUGGUUAAGGAUUCUAUAAAGGCUGGUAUAUUUAAUGAUAUGGGUUCGGGAUUCAACAUCGAUCUCGUCGUAAUAGAGAAAGGCCGUGCCGAUUUUUACCGCAACAUCGAAACACCCUGUCCAACCAUAGAGAAAAUUGGAAAUUACAAGUUUCAACCUGGAACGACGGCUGUUCUCAGCGAAUCAUUCAGAAACUUUGUCACAAUCACAGAGGGAGAUGCUAUGGACAUUUCAUAA